AUGGCUACUGAGAAUGUAAUGGAAGGCAAUAAGCUUACAGAAACAGAAUUACAAGAAUUUUUUAUGGCUGAGAAACAGAAAGCACAAAUUCAAGCUCAGAUUCACGAAUUCAACGAUAUUUGUUGGGAAAAAUGUAUUGAUAAACCAGGAGUCAAAUUGGAUAGUCGAACGGAAACAUGCCUCACUAAUUGUGUUGAUAGAUUUAUAGAUGUUUCACUUUUAAUUACAAAUCGUUUUGCACAAAUUUUGCAAAAAUCAGUGGGAAACAUGUAUUAAAUAAAUUUAUUUAAUUAUUAUUAUUGUAUAAUAGUUGUAUUAUUAUCAAAUACAGGAAAUGAAAUUAUUUUCUAUCUCAUUUAUAUAAUGACAAAAAUGUUGGAAAAUAUGUGGAAAAUAAAAAAUUAUUUAAUGUUGAUUAAAUAACAAAAGAAAAUUAUAUAAAUUUUUUCAAUAAAAUCAUUUUUUUAAAAUUAUUUAUACAAAAAAUGUAAUAUAUAUGUUACAAAAUGUACAUUUUAACUUACAAAUAGCUGCAAAAUUUUUUAGUUCCAUACAGGAAUAUAUAGUACAUAACUACAAUUAUGUUAUAAUAAGCAUGUUUACUUUUACUUUAAGUGACAUAUGUUGCUUUAAUAUGAUUGAAAUUUACAAAAUGUUGACAAAUAUUUUUAUAUGUGAAUCUCCCAAGCUAAAGAGAUAUUUUGUUGGUUUAUAAUAUUAGUGUUUGACAUUUUCUUGAAAAAUUAAAAUAUAUUUUGUUUGUUGCUAAUGAAGAAAAACAAUUUAAAAAGUAAAAGCUAAUCAUAAAAGAAUAAAAAUUUUUGAAUAAAGGUAUCAAACAAAUAUCAACUUUUGACUUUAGAAUAUCAAUAUAGGAAAUUGGAAUGGUUAUUUGCAUCUUAAGAUUAAAUGUUAUGUUUCUCAAUUUGUUUAUAGCACUAUAUUCAAAAUGCAUUCAGUAUGCAAUUAAUAUUAGCUAUUAUAAAGUGAAAAUAAAUACAAGUAACAAUAUUUCUCAGCUCAACAAUUUUGGACAUCAACUCUUAUGUGGAAAUAUUUGUAUAAUAAAAUAUAAUUUUCAUAUACAUUUUAUAUAAGUUGCAUGUCCAGUUUAACGUGAUAUAUAUGUACGUAUAUAUUAUAUAUAAUCUUAUAUAUAAUAUAUAUUAUCUAUAGCAUUCAAAUGUACAUUACAUUCAUUCAAUUCACUAAUGAAUAAUAAAUAUUUUUGGGCAUUAUCAGUAUUAUUAUGCACAAUUUGCUUUGAAUUUUUAAUUUAACACGAUCAUAUGCAUAUUGGCCUCUGAGGAAGACACAUGUUGUAAAAUGCAUCUUUUUUCCAAAAAUUUUUUGAUUUCCAUCCACACCAACCUUUGUUUACUAUAGUUGGCAAAUGUUCGGAACCUGUGUAAUGAGGAUCCAAAAUUAAAAAUUUAACGUCUCCAGUAGUUUGAUCAUAGCUGAUUCCUAAAAUUGUAUGUGCUAACACUCCUCCACCUAUAAUUUAAAAUUAAAAAAAAUAAAUGAUUAGUUUUAUUUAUAAGAACAAAAGAGUCAAUUACCAAUCAUUACUGGUGUGCCCUGUGUUUGAAAAUGAUGCAGUAAAUUUGGAGCUAAUGAUGACACUUCUUCACCUGUAG